AUAUCAUUACCAUAUGAUCUACUGUGGGUGUCAGCCUGGAUUCUGUUCAUUGAGAGAAACCUUUCUUUUUUAACUGAGCUGUGGAAUAGCAGAAGCAGGAGGGUUUUCUACCAAGUGACAGUCACUGAGCAGUAAGCUACCCCCUCCUCCUUUCCACACCUGCACAGUCCUCUGCCUGGGUCGAAUAUUUUAGUUUUAUUGCAUCUCAGCUCUGAGGGCGCCUGCUGCAAAUCCCUGGAUUAAAAGAUUCUUUGCUGCUUCCCUGGAUACAUGAACUAAACCAUGAAGGUGGCUGUUUUCUUCCUUCUACUCCUGCCACACUGCUUGGCCAAACCAUUCCAUCAAAAAGGCCUGUUUGACUUUAUGCUUGAAGAUGAACCAGGUUCUGGUGUUGAGGAUAAGCCAAGCUUUAGCCCAGGACCAGUAUGUCCAUUCCGCUGUCAGUGUCAUCUUCGGGUUGUUCAAUGUUCUGAUUUAGGUCUGGAACAAGUUCCUAAGGAUCUUCCCUCCGAUACUACACUUCUUGACUUGCAGAAUAAUAAAAUCACUGAAAUAAAGGAUGGGGAUUUCAAGAACCUGAGGGAUCUUCAUGCAUUGAUUCUCGUUAACAACAAAAUCAAAAAGAUCAGCCCUGGAGCCUUUGCUCCACUGACGAAGCUGGAGAGACUUUAUCUUUCCAAGAACAACCUGAAGGAACUUCCAGAUAACAUGCCCAAAACAUUGCAAGAACUACGGGCACAUGAGAAUGAGAUAAACAAAUUAAGGAAAUCUGUCUUCAAUGGACUGAAUAAUGUGAUUGUUGUAGAAUUGGGCACCAACCCUCUAAAAAGCUCAGGUAUAGAAAAUGGAGCAUUUCAAGGGAUGAAGAAACUCUCCUACAUCCGUAUUUCAGAUACUAAUAUAACUAGCAUUCCUAAAGGUCUUCCCACAUCUCUGACCGAACUUCACCUUGACGGCAACAAAAUUAACAAAGUCGAUGCGGACAGCCUACAUGGACUUGCCAAUUUGGCUAAACUUGGCCUCAGUUUCAAUAACAUUGCUAGUAUGGAUAAUGGCACUUUGAACCAUGUGCCUCAUUUGAGAGAGCUCCAUCUAAACAACAAUGACCUUUCCAAAGUACCUGGUGGCCUGGGGGAGCACAAAUACAUACAGGUGGUCUACCUUCAUAACAACAACAUUGCUGCUGUCGGCCCCAACGAUUUUUGCCCUCCUGGAUACAACACCAAGAAGGCCUCUUAUUCAGGAGUGAGUCUGUUUAGUAACCCUGUGCAGUACUGGGAAAUCCAGCCAUCCACAUUCCGAUGUAUCUAUGAACGAUCUGCUAUACAACUUGGAAAUUACAAAUAGAUGCACAGUUGCAUUUCAGCUAUAAAUACCCAAUGCCUGUUAAAAUUGUUCAAAACUAUUAAAGCAAAAUACUGGAAACUUAACUGCAGAGUGGAUAUUAUUAAAUAUGUAAAAGACCUAACAGUUCAUUCCAAGAAAAAAUUGCUAAAUUCACUUUUGCUUUCACUUCAUUGCCAGCAUGUAGUAUACAGUAUUUCUGUGGUAUCUCUCAAUUAGCCAAAGUGUGAUAAUGUCAAUAUUCCACUGUGCAUGAGAUUUGGGGUAAAUAUUUUUCAAGCUUUUCAUAAUUAAAAAUUAUAUAUGAUGUUCUUUACAGCAACACAAAGAAAUUACUUGGAGGGAAAGGAACUUUUCAAUUUAUAUAUAUAUAUUUUUAUUCUUGGGCAAAAAUAAUCAACCCCAUAGGUUUAAUAUUACCUGCUACAUGUGUAAAGCCUGAGUGUAGGUUCUGAUGCACCUAUAUGGCAUAAGCAAUAUUAAAACAUUGCUUUUGUCAGUAUUUUUGGUUAAAAAUACCCUUUUAAUAUAUAUGCAUUUUCUUUUCUAAAUAUGUUUCAAGUCUUCCCAGAUAAUUCUAUGCAAGAUUAGGAAAACAUUGUACUGAACAAAAUAAAAAACUGAGAUAUCAGAUAUAAUUAUUGUAUCCCCAGAUGCUACUAUUUCUGGCUUACAACAGCUAAUUUUGAAAAGAGCAAAUCAUCUCUCCAUGGUCACAGCAGAUGACCAUUUCUGUUAGUCAUAAUCCACUGAGCAAUAUUCCCAUAUAACUUCCAUGAAUUACAAUAGAUAUGCACAGGAAAACCACUCAGUGGGUUGUGUCCAGUAAAACUGCAUACAUGUGUAAAUUAAACAGGAGUUAGCCUUCUAUGUUAAUUCAUGCCCUUGAAUGCAACAAUAUAAAUUCAUCGAUUUUUAAAAUGGCAUUUCAGUUUUAACAGUAUUUUCAAAUACAAUGUAGAGAGAGAUACAGGUUGCCUGUUGAGUAAUACCAACAGAUUUACAUCUGGGAACAAGGAAGUGUCAACAUGCCAGAACUAGGAAAGCAUAUUUUCUAGUUCUUUGUUAGAAGCCAUCUGAAAGCAAACCUUCUAGAUGCAACUCAUAACUGGCUUUAAUUAGUAGUGAGCAUAUCAAAAGAAGGCUGUACAUCUAGGAUCACUGUCUUCAAAGUUUAACUGUAUAUUUUUCCACUUCACAUUAAAGCAAAAUUUGGAUACCUCUUAAUUGUCCAAAAUACAAUCUUUUCAAUGUAUGUAUGUGUUUUUAUAUUAAACAGUACUGGCAAACUCCAGAA